AUGACCCACGAGGCCCUCCUCUUACCUUGUGCCAAUCCUAUUCCCGGCGAAAAUGUAUUUAGCAACAUCGACCUAAUGGCAAAUAUAACCCCUACAUUUAUUGCCUAUCCCACUAGUUUAACUAGACAUAUCUCUGGCCCUGCUGUCCCCUGUCAACAGACUAGCAUAAGCGAUAUUAAUGCUCAGGCUCUCUUCCAAAUGCAGCGGGCUUCUAUACCAUAUGGGGAGUCACUGACAUCGCUGGAUGUUGAGACAAACAAUAGCGAUUCUAGCAUCUCUGAACUACAACUGUGUCAGGGAUAUAAGGCCCAGACCCCACACAAAGAAUCACCCUCCCGGUGUCUCCCCCAGAAAUGCAAAUCGUCUACGUCAGCCACCCAAGCAUCAUCGGCACACAUCUCGCCAUCAACGUCGCCGCCCCCACCCCCAAUACUACGGUCAAACAAUAAUACGCAUAAUAUGAUCGAGAAGCGCUAUCGCAGCAACAUUAAUAACAACCUUAUCUCCCUCCGCAACUCUGUUCCCUCUUUGCGAGUUAUGGUUCAGCACCAGAAGCAGCUUGCCGGAGAGACUAUUAACGAGGAGACUGAGGACCUAGACGGCUUGGUGGCAGCUAAAAAAACGAAUAACGCCACUAUCCUCACUAAGGCGACAGAGUAUAUUUGGCACCUAGAGAGGAAGAAUAGAUUUCUCUCGCAGGAAAAUGAUUGCCUUAAAAGCCAAAUUGCCAGCCUCGAGAUAGCAAUGUGUGACGAACUGUAUCUAGGGUAG